AUGGGUAAACGUAAAAUCAUACGGUCGUCAGAGGAAGAAGCAGAGCUUCAACGACUUACUAAACGAAGAAAAAUUGCAGAUAGAACCGCUACUCGCGAAGCAACUCGCAAUGCUUUUGGAUUACCAGUUCCGUUAUUUGCAGACUCAACUUCUCACAUAAAAAUACAAUCACAAGACGCACAGAUUAUGAAAGAGUAUGAUUUAAUAAUUUGGGAUGAAAGUCCAAUGGCACCAAGAUAUUUUAUGGAAGUGGGUAAUAGAAUUUUUAAAUAUUUGAUGGAUAACGAUUUGCCAUUCGGUGGCAAAGCAAUGUUAGUUGGUGGUGAUUUCAGGCAGUUACUUCCUGUCAAAAUGAAUGCUACUCGGACUGAGUUGCACAAAUUUGUUGAUGUCGAUGAAAUAAAUAGCCGAGUUGUAGAAUUACUAGAUAAAAGAACUGAAAAAAUUUAUACUAGAGUAGAUAGUACAGAAAUUUGUGACAACGGAGAUAUCGAAGAUGCUAUACUACCAGAAUAUCUACAAUCUCUGAAUCCUCCAAAUUUUCCACCUCAUGAAUUAAAAUUAAGAACUAACUGUGUUGUGAUGCUUUUCCGUAAUUUAAGUAUUGCUGAAGGAUCACGAGGUGCUGUACAACCACAACAUUAA